AUGUUAAACUGGCUAAAUGAAAAUACACACAAAACAGAUGAAAUACAUCGAUUCGAAUUGAAUAUCCUUUUUUACGAGUGCAGUCCAAUUGUCGACGCAGAAGGAAAUGUUGUGGAUUAUAAAAUAACAAGAAAAGGUUUUGAAAUCAAACAACGGCUGCCAUUGGGGACAAAUGAAAAACCAAAAGAUGUAUUACUUUCUCAAGUCAUCUAUGUGACAGAUAAAAUUGGCUAUUUUAACGUUAGUAAUUGGCCAAAUGGGCGAUCAUCUUUGUAUUAUUUUAAUUUUGCGAAUCCAUCAUAUGCGGAGAUUGAACUCCAACAAAAACUGUUGUCACCAGAAACAAGACUGAUCAUUGAUGAGAAAGCUAAUAUCUAUUUUAUCUAUGAUAAUUUGAAUCGACGAGCUGAACGUGGAAAAUUAGAUGAACGAACAGGACGAUUGCAAGCACCGACACCUGUGUCGAAUUUGUAUGGUCAAACGAUUGAAAAUUUAGUGAUCGCCGAAGGGGACGCGAUAAGUACGCUAAUUUUAAAUCAUAUUUCCACGAUAUGUUUCCUGCAAGGAAAUGAUUCGGUGUUACUGUUUGAUCAAAGUUUUAAUCUCAUUGAAUAUCGAUACCUAAGUGGUACAUUAAAAUUUAUAUGUAAACAUGUGAAUGAAGAUACAUACAUUAAGAAAAUUUUGCUGAAACCAGCUGAUGGAAAAUACACACAGGUAUCAGCUGUCCCUGGUGGUAAAUGUAUUUUGUUACAAUGUGAGAAAUCACUAGGAGUGUUAAUUUAG